UGCGGCAUUGAGAGGCCAAACGCUCCCGAGAGACUGAAGGCCGCCUCGCCACCACCUCGUAUGAAGGAGUCCGCCACGCCGGGCGCACAGCCCUCCGAUCUCAAGGUUUGGCCCGUCCUUCCUGAUGUCUGACCCCUUCUUGUGUCUCUCUUGCCCUGUGCCAUGGGUAAUUCCGUCAGCAGGCCCAGCUGCCUUGGGGAGAGGGGCAAGAAAUCCGAGCGCUUUCUCAAAGAAUGUUGUAUGAAAAAGGAGUCUGUGGUAGACUUCCAGAGCGUGAGGAACAAUGUGGAGCCCAGCAUCUCUCCACCUGACAAGAAAGCCAACGAGACGGUGUUUGAGAAGGAACUGAACGUCGCGCUGACCUCCAGUAGAAGCUGUGAGCCUCUUCCCAAGCAGAACAAUGCAGAUGCCAAUGUACCCAAGACAGCCAUCAUGGUUGGAUCUCCUAGGUCCACGCCGGAUCAUGUGGGGAAUGUGUGGACUCCUCAGAGAGGGACCCUGGAGAGGUCGUCUGGGGGAAGCUGGUCCUGGAAACCACUUGCCAGCAGGGAGGUGACGGAAGUCACUGAAGUCACAGAGACUGUUGUCACUGAGAUAGUGGAGGUGGUUCAGUACCCGUCAGGAGAGAAGGGCGGGGAGCCCAUCAUCACUAGGACAGUAAAAGUGCUGACAGACUAUGGCGGGGAGCUCGCUGAGGUACCCAACAGCCAGGUGGCUCAGACGGAUGUGUACAACCGGGUGGGACAAUGGGACAACUUCAGCAAGAUGCAUGCACUUGCUCUGCCCGAGCUUCCGGAGACCCUGGACACCAUACAUGGUUGGGUGAUGGAGAUGGAAGAGCUGACAGAUGCCCAAAAACCUCCGUCGUCCGAGGCCAAGGUGGUGAAGGCCCAGCUACAGGAGCAGAAGCUUCUGCAGCGCCUCUUGCAGGAGAGGAGGCCCCGGAUAGAGAGAGUUCUGCAGGGCAAGAGAUCGCCGUCUCAGCCUCUUCCCAUAGAGGGCGCCGAGCCGGCCAAGCAGAGAGCGCCCCUCCUGGAUCUGCAGCAUCGGUGGGACAACCUGAUCCAUAAGGCCGAGGAGAGGCACCGCCAGUUAGAGAGGAUCACCCCUGCUGCCCAGAACUUCCAGGAAUCUCUGGACGCCUUCUAUGAUUGGCUGAGCGCCACUGAGAGGCGACUGGCAGAGCUCUGGCGAACCAACAGGUCCAUGAACCAAAUAAAAGACGCCCACAUAGAAGUCCAGGAUCUGUGCCGGGAAAUCCAGAGCAAGCCGGAGGAUCUGGAGAAGGUUCUAGAGAGGUGUCAGGUGAUCCUGGAACUGGUAUCAGGAGAAGAAUCUCAGCUUUGCCAGGAAAAGAUGGACGCCCUGCGGGUCCGGUAUAUUAUCGUCGCUCAGAGCGCCGGUGAUAUGCUCCAGAGAACAGAACAAACCCUGCAAGCCACAGAACGCCUGGACCCCUCCCAGGAGGACAUUUCCCUGUGGCUGGGCCGUAUGGAGAAGGUGGCAUCUUCUGUGACCGGGGAUGGUGGCGAGGAACGCAGCAUGCUGAGUGCCAAGGACAGGGAAAAGCUGGAUCAGGUGGUUCUGACCCAGCUGUCUCAUCUUCGGGACGCCGAGCGACGUCUGGAGGAGCUGAGCCGAGUCACGCUGGAUGUGGAGACCCUGCAGACGCAGAUGAGGGAUCAUAAGCUGCUGGCGGUGGACGUUCUACAACACUGUGGCAUCACCGAACGGCUGCUGGGGAUCUCCGACAUUCUUCUGACCCUGUGCCCGAAGGCCACCCAGGAGCGGCUGCAGGUGUCCCUGGAGUCCCUGAAGGAGAAGUGUCCCCGGAUAGCGGCCCAGGUGACCUCCUCGCCCGCUGCCCUGGAGCACACCCUCGCCAUGCUCGCCCAGUUUUCCGAAGCCGAGGAGGAACUGCUGCCCUGGAUAGAAGAGACGGAGUCUGAUCUUCCGCAAAUAUCUUCAAACUGCGGCCUUUCUGGAGAUUUCAGGGAGCAGCAAGAGAGACUGCAGGCUCUGCGGGAGGUGGUCGCUGAACAUAAGCCACUCGUCACCAAACUACACCGAGUCGCCUGUAAGCUGUCUGAGUUGUGCCCGGAGGAGAGUCCCGUAUUCCAGCAGAGGUUUGAGAGCGCAGAGAAGCGUUAUUGUGCCAUUCGGGAGGCCGUCCGCCAAGCAGCUGCCAUCCUUGAAGAUACCGUCCCCCGAUACAGCCAGAUCAGCGAGAGGAUAGAUAUGAUGUCUGAGAGCUUAGAGCGGCUCAGGGACCGCAUGCAGAUCACUACGUCGGUACGCGGGGAACCCUCUCGGAUUCGAGAACAGCUUCAGGAAAACGCUCACGUUCAAGCUGAGCUGGAGAAACUGGGAGUCGCUCUGGAGAACAUCAGCAAGCAGGGCAGUGAGCUAUCUUCCAGCCUUCCAGAUGAUGCUAAAGAGCCACAAGGCCUCCAGCAGCGGACGGAGGUGUUAUUGGCGGACUGGAAGCAGCUCUGUGGGCGUGCAGAGGAGCGCGAUGCUUGGCUCUCUGGGCUUCUCAUGUUGGCAGAAAGGUUUUGGGUCAGCCUCUCUGACCUGUCGGUCAAUCUCGGAGACACCCAGCAGAUGGUCCUGGACACAGAACAACCCAGCCCUGACCCGGACUCUAUCAGAACCCGGCUGGAUGCCAUGCAGGCUCUCCGGGAAGACAUUGACAAUCUGCAGAAUGAACUGGAUGUUCUGGGGUCCCUCGGGGUGGACCUGAUGUCUUCAUGUGGGGACAUGGACAAGCCGGACGUCACCAAAAGCCUGGAUGAGCUGUACGCGGCCUGGAACAGUCUGAACAAGCUCUGGAGUGAGCGCAACACACAUCUGGAGGAGCAGCUGAAGGUCACCAUCCGCUACCAGGAGACCAUUCAGAGGCUGCAGGAUUGGCUGCUUGUAGCUGAGUCCCGCCUAUCUGAGGAGUUCCUUGUGGGUGGAGACUUGGACAUGGUGAAGCGUCAGCUGUCUGACUUAAAGGAAUUUAAGAGAGAUCUGUAUCAGCAUCGAGUGGAGCUGGAGAGCAUCGGGCACCAGAACCUGGGCAAGUCUGAUGGAUCGCAGCUGAGCGACUACAGAGAGCGCUGGGACCGGCUGGAGGAGGAGGCUGUGAACCGCCAGCACCAGUUGGAAGAUGCCUUGCUGGGACUUGGCCAGUUCCAGAACCAGUUGGAGGAGCUCCUGAACUGGCUCUCCCACACCAAGGAGCAGCUCCAGGGGCCCCGCCAGCCCUGUACUGACCUGCAGACCUGUGAGAUCGAGCUGGCCAAACAUAAGGUCCUGAGGAAUGAUGUCCUGUCUCACACCCGCACAGUGGAGUCGGUGGAUGAAGCCGGACGGGCGAUCUUGCUGACCUCUCUCGGGGACGGGGCGGAGGCCCUUCAGGCCAAGCUGAGCGAACUGGCGCAGCGGUGGGAGUUUGUUCAGAGCGAGACGGAGAGGCGACAGCUGGAGCUGGAGAAUGACCUCAGCAGGGUGCAGGAUGUCGCUCUGGAGGUCACCGAUCUACUGCAGUGGCUGGAAGAGGUGGAGGCCCGUCUGUCCUUCUGCAAACCUGUGUGGGGGCAUCCGGAAUCCACCCGAGACGCUCUGACCAAACACCUGGAUCUGUGUAAAGAGAUGGAGUCUAAGCAGCACACAUAUAACAGCGUGCGGGACCGUCUCCAGCGUCUGCUGGCCUCCAGCCCUCAACCUCGAGGCUCCAGCGCCGAGCACCAGCUACGGAUACUGGAACAGAAGUGGGAGAGCGCGUCCACCAAGGUGCAGGACAGGAAGGCGUGCUUGUCGGAUGGGCUGGCGAUGAUAACGGAGUUCCACAGCACCAUGCAGGAAGUGUCUCAGUGGAUCGGACAAGCAGAGGGGCGACUCAACACGGCCGGACCACCCAGCGUCAUCUUAGAGACGGUCACUAAUCAGAUUCAAGAACACAAGGGUCUGGUGCAGGAGAUUCAGCUGAACGAGGAGAAGCUGUCCAGCCUGGAGUCCGUCUGCUCCCGUCUCAAGGAUGUGAGUCGGAAACAGGAAGGGGACAUGACCCAGUCCUUGGUGCAGGGCGCCCGGGAGCGGCUGGGGAAGGUGCAGGAGAGGGCAGCGGAGAGGGGGCGCGGUUUGGAGGAGUCCCGAAGACAAGCCAAGCAAUACAGCGAAUCCCGGCGGAUGCUUCUGGAGUGGCUGCAGGAAGCCGAUCAGAGUUUGGACUCGCAGCAGAUCGACACCAGCGUCAGCCAGGAGCACAUCAAGCAGCAGCUGGGCCAGCACAAGGACUUCCAGAAAGUCUUCCGGUCCAAGCGUCCCGUGUAUGAGGCGACUCUGCGCAGCGGCCGGGCCCUCCGAGAGAAGAUCCGACUGCCGGAGGACGGACAGAAGAUGGACGAGUCGCUGGGGGAGCUGAGAGAACGCUGGGAGCACGUCUGCAACAGGUCCACCGAGAGGCAACAGAAGCUGGAGGAGUCGUUGCUGUUUUCCGGAAAGUUCACCGACGCUCUCCAGGCUCUGAUGGAUUGGCUGUACCGAGCGGAGCCGCAGCUCUCGGAGGAGAUCCCGCUGGGAGGGGACAGAGAUCUGGUCAGCGACCUUCUGGACAAACACAAGGCCUUCCAGAAAGAACUGGGGAAGAGAGCCAGCUCCAUGAAGACCCUGAAACACUCAGUCCGAGACCUGAGCCGGGGAGGUGGGGGCACCGACUCUCAUUGGCUGCAGAGACAGAUGGAGGAGCUGGGCCAUCGCUGGGACGUAGUGUGUCAGCUGUCCGUCACCAAGCAAGCCAGGCUGGAGGCCUCUCUACAGCAGGCGGAGGAGUUCCAUUCGCUGGUGAGCACCUUCCUGGAGGGUCUGGGUGAGUCUGAGCGGACGCUGAGAUACGGGGUGAUCCCUGAGGAUGAGAAUGCCUUGCAGGAGUGUCAGAAGCAGCAGCAGGAACUGAUGAGCACCCUGCAGUGUCAGCAGAUGGCUCUGGAGUGUAUCGUCUCCCUCGGGCAAGAGAUCCUGUCCGCCUGCCACCCCGACUCCAUCAUCACCAUCAAAUCCUGGCUGAACAUCUGCAAGACGCGCUACCAGGAGGUGGUGUCCUGGGCCAAGCAGCAGGGAGGCCGUAUCCAGGCACAGAUUCAGUCCUUGGCAGCAGAACGUGAGGAGGUCGCUCGGCUCAUGGACUGGAUAACGGCUGCAGAGGAGGCGUUGAGUUUACGGGAUCAGGAGCCCCUGCCAGAAGACAUGGAAGCCUUGGGCGAGAUCAUCUCACAACAUUCAGUGUUUAUGGAGGAGCUGAGCCGGAAGGAGCCUGAGGUGGAGAAAGUCACCAAGAACUGCAAGCGUAAAGUGACUGAUACACGAGCAACAAGUACCCGCAAGACCAUUACCAAAAGACAAAACUCGGUGAAAUCGCCCCAGACUGGCCCCUCCAUUCCUCUCCUGGACCUCGCCCCGCAAACCCCACAUAUGGCACAGCUCCUCAACCGCUGGCAGCAGCUCUGGCUCCUCGCCUUGGACCGCCAGUGCCGCCUUCAGAACGCCCAACAGCGGCUCCAAGAGCUGCAGGAAUUUGCACACUUUGAAUUUGCGGUGUGGCGGAAGAGAUACAUGCAGUGGAUCGGUCAGAUGAAAUCGCGGAUUCUGGACAUCUUCCGAGGAAUAGACCGAGACCAGGAUGGACGCAUCAGCCAACGGGAAUUCAUGGACAGCGUGCUCUCCUCUCGAUUCCCCACCAACUCUCUGGAGAUGACCGCCGUGGCAAACAUCUUCGAUAUAAACGGAGACGGAUUCAUCGACUAUUACGAGUUUGUGAGCGCGCUGCACCCUAGCAGAGACCCCCUGCGGAGGACCGCUGACGCUGACCGCAUUCAGGACGAGGUGAACCGACAGGUCGCUCAGUGUAACUGUGCCAAGAGAUUCCAGGUGGAGCAGAUCAGCGCCAACCGCUACCGAUUCGGCGAAUCCCAGCAGCUGCGCAUGGUGCGGAUCCUGCGGAGUACGCUGAUGGUGCGGGUCGGAGGCGGCUGGAUCGCGUUGGAUGAAUUUCUGGUGAAGAAUGAUCCAUGUAGAGUGAAAGGUCGGACCAACCUGAAAAUUAACGAGAAGUACCUCUCCUCCGAAUUCACCCCGCCUGCUGGGAAGUGUUCAGGGAGCCAAUCGGCAUCCAAGGGGUUGUCCCCCAGCAGGUCGAAUUCCAGCCUGAGUCUGUACACCAGCUCCUCGGCCCCCAACAGUCCGCAGACCAGGAAGGCUGUCCUUCGGAGGACCCGAUCUGGCGACCGAUGUCAAAGGUCUAGGUCGUCUCUGAUCACAGAUGUGGCGGAUUUAAAGUUCUCAGCAGCUGAAGACGGCACGAAUUCCACCUCAACAGAUAAAACGGACACCCCUCCGACAUGACCUCCCGCGACCUCCGUCCCCUUGGAAUCGUACUCCAGAUCUGCCGAAUAGGAAUCUGUGGGCUGGCCCAUAGCAUGGCAGAUAAUGCGCCCGACGCCUUGCUUGUCGAGAGGCCUCUGACAAUAGAGGCGGCCAUGACCUUCUGAGACUUGGGGGCUCCAUAGAGUCAGACUUGUUGUGUCUCUCCAUGGAGGACAAUGAGAGUGGAGGUCACCACCGAGUGACAUAUUGAAUGAAUGUGUUGUGUGUGACUAUCAGGUGACAUCACUCAGCUCCAUGAUCAACAAUUGCCGAUACUCUGCUAGGAAAUUCCAUCUCCCCUGUCCCGUCAAUUUGGCACAGGAGCUCAGAGUGGAAGUAUGAUAUCUUUCUCGGCCAUCAUUAAGUGUAAAGGAAGUCUUUCACCUUUGGUUUUUACUGCUGCCUUCAGGAGGAUUGGACAUUGGCAAAUAAAAAACUUUAGGCCAGCCCAGGACAACCCUUCCUACUACUGGCAUGCUUUUGUUUUUUGCUAGUGUCCUAAGAGGGAGGAGGACUUCAUUUUUGCUAGUGUCCUAAGA